AUGCACUCGCCCGCCCAGUCGCCCAUUCUGGAUGUCACCGAGACCGUAUCGCUGCACUCCGAACUGGAUGCCGACCUGGAGACCAAGAAGAAUCAUCCGCCCUACGCCUUUCCCGCACCCCAGAAUCUCCGGCUGCCCGGUCUGGGCUUUCCCAGCAUGAUCGGUUCGAAGAGAUCCCCCGAAUCUCUGCCUGCCUUCGAGUACAUUGCUCCGCCAAGUCACGCCCUCCAGGCCCUGGAAUUUCCGCUCAUGGAGCUGAAUCGCGUGGGCGUGAUUGGAGGCGGAAUGUUUCCGGGUUUUAUGCACCGGCGGGUUCGCGGCGAGAAACGACCCAUUCCGGAGGCCCAGAAGGAUGCCAAGUAUUUCGAGCGGCGCAAGCGAAACAACGAGGCGGCGAAGAAGUCGAGGGAUGCUCGCAAGAUCCGCGAGGAUAGGAUAGCCUUCCGGGCGGCCCUGCUGGAGCAGGAGAACUCCAUCCUGAGGGCCCAAGUGCUGGCGCUGAGGGAUGAGCUGCAGACGGUGCGACAGCUCCUGGGGGCCACAACCGCCGGCGGCAUGUUGUCCAUGGCCAGGCAGGUGUAA